AUGCACGUGGAGAAGAACGACAGGCGGGAGGAGGGGCUGGUGCACGUGGCAACCUCCUUCCAGGCGACCCGCCUCUACAUCGGCUCCAAGAAGAAGCUCUUUGGCAAGUCGUCCCAAGUGCCUGACUACUGCAGCGGCCACCUACCGGACACCUGCACGCUCAUUGUCGUCCAGGGCGGGCGCAAGAUCAGAGAAGCGCCAGGGGCGGCCGGCCCUCCUCCCAACCUGCCCUCCCGCUCUGCUCGCCACAACCCUCCUCUCCCCCAGCAGCAGCAAGCCCAGCGCGCCGAGCCCUUACACCCCUCCCCACACAGCAAAGCUCCCGCCUCCCACUAUCCUCCCCAGCAGCAGACGCAGCAGUGGGUUCAGCCGCCCCCACAAGCCCAGCGCGCCGAGCUCUUGCACCCCUCCCCACAGGGUCACACCCCGACUCCCCAGUAUUCUCCCCAGCAGGCGCAGCGUUCUCUGUCGCCCCUGCGAAUCCUCCCAGGGCAGCAGCAGGGCCAGCAGGCACAGCAGGCUCAGGGUUUUCUGCCGCGGGCUGGCAGUGGUAGCGGGUCGGACGGGACUGCUGCUGCUUACGCCUAUGCUGGUCCUGCUGCUGCUGCUGCUGCUGCUGCGGAUGCUGGUAAGGGGGUUGGAGCAGGGACCUCCUCGCAGGUGUCUAGCGCGCUCAGCUCCCCCACGCAGAGCCCUCCUCUCUCCCCGCCCUCCCGCUCUGCCUAUACCAGUAUCUGUGACUCCUCUGUUGCUGCUGCUGCUGCUGCAGUCUCCCCUGCUGGUGUGGUUUCUCCCUGGGGAAUGGUAGGCGGUGUGAAUGGGUUGGGAGGGAUGAGUGGCAUGGGUGGUAUGAGUCCCAUGGGUGCGAUGGGUGGUAUGGGUCCCAUGGGUGCGAUGGGUGGCAUGGGUGGCAUGGGUCCCAUGGGUGCGAUGGGUGGUAUGGGCCCCAUGGGUGGUAGUAUGGGUGGGGUAGCUGGCGCUGGUGGCAUGAAUGCCAUGGGUGGCAUGGGUGGGUUGAGCGGCAUGGGCGGCAUGGCUGGCAUGGGCGGCGUGGGCGGCGGCAUGGGCGGUAUGGGUGGCAUAGGCGGUUUCCCAGCUUCUUCGUCUCUUGGUGGUGGCCCCGCUCUCACCCAUCUCUCCUCCAGUCCCACUGAUAGCCAUAGCACAGGCACCUCUUCUCUUCCAGGAUUCACCACAACUCCCACCACCAUGGCUACUAGUGCUGCUGCGACGGGCGGUUUCGCGAACGAAGGGAUGCUUCCAGGCUUGGGAGCAGAUUCGGCGUCAGGGGGAAUGGGUGGGAGUUUCCCUAUGCUCGACUCUGCUACCUCUGCUUCCUCAACUUCUGCUGCCUCCUCUUCUACUGCUGCCUCCUCUGCAGCAGCGGCAGCAGCAGCAGCUGGUUCUGGGUAUGGUAUGCCAGGCAUGGGACAUGCAGGCAUGGGAGUUCCUGGCAUGCCUCCUGGGUUUGGCUUCGGGGGAGCUCCCUUUGAUUUCACGGAGCUUCUAGCUGAGCUGGCUCGGCUGCAAGAACAGGCUCGGGCAGCCCAGCUCGCCGCCGAACGUGCCGACCAGCAGGCUCGGGAGGCUCGGGAGGAGGCUCGGAUGGCUCUGGAGAACGCCAGAGCCGAAUCCCAGCGGCGCUUAGAAGCUGAACUAGAGAAGGAAUUAGCAAAGCGUCAGGCGGAAGAGGAGGCGAAACGGGCAGCGGCGGCAAAAGAAGAAGCAGCAGAGGCGAAAAAGGCUGCGGCAGAGGCAGCAGCGUCGGCUGCAGCAACUCUGGUGAAAGCGCAGGAGGAAUAUGCGUUAGAACGGUUAAAGAAGCAGCAGGAGUUCCGGGAAUACUCUAUAGAGGAGCUUGAGGCAGCUUGUGACGGAUUCAGUGAGGAGAACCUGGUGGGCGAGGGCGGGUACGGGUCGGUGUAUAAGGGCAUGCUGGAGCACUUCCCUGUUGCUGUGAAGGUCCUCAAGAACGCCCAAACCAACCAGGCGCUGAAGGAAUUCAAGAAAGAGGUGGAGGUGCAGAGGGGCCUGCGGCACCCCACCAUAGUGCUACUGAUCGGGUGCUGCCACAACCCGCCGUGCCUCGUGUAUGAGUACAUGCCUCAGGGCUCGCUCUACGACCGGCUACUGUGUGACCGCGGCUCCCCGCCCCUGCCGUGGAACGUGCGGUUUGAGAUCUUUGAGAACAUGUGCAAGGCGCUCAUUCACCUGCACAACCGUGUCCCCGCCAUCGUCCAUCUCGAUCUAAAGCCAGCCAACGUGCUCCUAGACAACAACUUUGUCGCCAAACUCGGCGAUGUCGGCCUCGCACGUUUCCUAGUCGGCAUGGACAACGGCCGCUCCUUCAUGCAGCAGUCCAUGGCUGUCGGCACCUUUGGCUACGUGGACCCGCACUUCCUCCGCACCGGCCAGUUCUCGCGCGAGUCCGACGUGUAUUCCCUCGGCAUGGUCAUGCUGGACAUGCUGAUAGGCAUCAACGAGUCGUCGGGGGAAAGGGGGAAGAGGGACAGGGAGUUAGAGGCGCUGGAGGAGUGUGAGGAGGGCGGGGAUUUGGAGGCGCUGGGGGAGUUGUUGGAUCCGUCCGCUGGGUGCUGGCCGCCACGAGUCGCGCGGCGGUUGGUGCAGCUGGUGCGACAGAUGGCGCAUUAUAAGAGGAAGGCACGGCCGGACCUGAGCAAGCAGGUGAUGGCAGUGGUGGAGGAGCUGCGCCCCUAUGUGGAUGCGGCAGUGGCGCUGGAGAGGGCGGAUCGAAUGGAUGACUACCGGGACUUCGUUCCCAACGAGUUCCGAUGCCCCAUCACCAUGGGCAUCAUGGAGAACCCAGUGUUGGCAGCGGACGGGCACACGUACGAGAGGGAGGCCAUAGAGCAGUGGUUGCGCGUGCACCACACCUCGCCCAAGACAGGCCGGCGCCUCGACAGCAAGGCGCUCACGGACAACAUUGCCGUGCGCUCCAUGAUCGCCGAGUGGCUGGAGCACCGGCUGCAAAGAAGGGAGUCUCAUAACCUUGAAAGCCUGAUGAGUGGUGAGCAAGCAGACGGUUACCACCCGGGUGGUUACGCCGAUUCACACGACAUGCCUCUUCACGGUGCGGGGGGAGGUCCCAUGCAGGCAGGGCAGCAGCAGUUCUAUGAAGGUGGGGGUGCUGCAUCAGGUGAUUAUAUAGGCAGUGAUGGUGCAGCUAGCGGUGGUUUUGCCGGUGGUGGGGAGCUUUAUAGAGAGACUAGGAACGGAAGAGGGACUGAGACCACUGGGAGGAUCGGAGCACUGCAGUGCGCAACGCCCCCUUCUCUUUUCGCUCCUGCAGCGCGCAUCGGCUCCGCGGCUGGCGAAAUUUCCAAGUCUGUCUCACGAACAGCCUACUGGAGCAUCUCUCGCGCUUCAACCACAGCAACGGCGGCGGCGGCUAGCAAAGGAAGCGUGAAUUUCGGCCAUCAGUGGACGAAUGUUCAGCCGCAGCCGCCGUAUUUUGGCAGUGUGUCUGCUGCGAGCUCGACGCUUGAACGAUUCAAGAUUCAGAUUCGCCCGCAUAACACGGCGACAGCUCGAGUUAUCGAAGAAGAGGCAGAGGAUCACGCACACAGCAGCAAGCCCAAGGCGGAAAAUGAGCCUCCGUUGGACAUGAGGAAAAUUGCACGGGAUCCGGAAGCGCUUUCACAGUAUUGGGGAAUCAAGCCCAAGCAAUACCUGCGUGAGGAUGGCACGCCCUGGCCGUGGCAUUCAUUCCGACCUACGGACACCUACACCGCAAACCGAAAGACGGAACUUGACAGGCACUUUCCGGUUACCAGCUUCGGUGACGCUUUCGCCAAGUACCUCGUGAAGUCUCUCCGCUUUCCCACCGACCUGUUCUUUCAGAAACGGUACGGAUGCCGUGCGAUGAUGCUGGAAACCGUCGCGGCGGUGCCGGGGAUGGUGGCGGGCGUGCUGCUGCACAUGCGCUGCCUGCGCCUCGUGGAGAACAGCGGCGGGUGGAUCCGCGCGCUGCUGGAGGAGGCGGAGAACGAGCGCAUGCACCUCAUGACCUUCAUGCAAGUGUCAAAGCCGACUUGGUUCGAGCGUGGCCUUAUAUUUACCGUUCAGAGCGGGUUCGCUGCGGUGUACGGCCUUGUCUACCUCCUCUCCCCGCGCAUCGCUCACCGCAUCGUGGGGUACCUGGAAGAGGAGGCAGUGCACUCAUACACGCAGUACCUCAAGGAGAUCGACGAGGGCCGCAUCGCCAACGUGCCGGCGCCACAGAUUGCGAUCGACUACUGGCAGUUGCCCAAGGAUGCGACGCUGUAUGACGUGGUGCUGUCUGUGCGGGCGGACGAGGCUCACCACCGGGAUGUGAACCACUACGCUGCGACCAUUAUCAGGGCAGGCAAGCGACUCAAGGAGCACCCAGCCCCGGUGGACUACCACUGA